GCCCAAUGAGCGCGGAUCGGCUCAAGAGCGUGUUGGGCGGGCUAACAUAUUCUGUCCUACAGUUGGUGAAGUGCGGAGUUCCAGACGCGAUGGCAAGAACCAAGCAGACCGCUCGUAAAUCCACCGGUGGUAAAGCGCCGAGGAAGCAGCUCGCCACUAAGGCUGCCCGCAAGAGCGCCCCGGCUACUGGCGGUGUGAAGAAACCUCACCGUUACAGGCCAGGUACCGUGGCUCUGCGUGAAAUCCGCCGUUAUCAGAAGUCCACUGAGCUGCUCAUCCGCAAGCUGCCCUUCCAGCGCCUGGUUAGAGAGAUCGCUCAGGACUUUAAGACCGAUCUGCGCUUCCAGAGUUCUGCCGUCAUGGCUCUGCAGGAGGCCAGUGAGGCUUACCUGGUCGGCCUGUUCGAGGACACCAACCUGUGCGCCAUCCAUGCCAAGAGGGUGACCAUCAUGCCUAAGGACAUCCAGCUGGCCCGCCGUAUUCGCGGAGAGCGAGCUUAAACGAACCCACUCCAUCCAGUU